AUGUCCAAGGCCCCUAAAAAGUGGACUCCGGAAGAGGAUAGAAUUCUUCUGCAUCAGAUAUCGCUCGCCGCCAGCCAAGGAAAAGCAAAGGACUGGACUGCCAUUGCUGAAGCGCUCCCCGACCGGAGCAACAAGGAUUGCCGGAAGAGAUGGUGCAACCACCUCAUUGGCGGUCUCCGCAAGGGCGCCUGGGAGCCGAGCGAGGAUCAGCGUCUUGCCAUUGGUGUCAAGGAGCAUGGGCAGCAGUGGCCGCUCGUUGCCGAAGAAGUCGGAACUCGCAGCGCAGAUCAAUGCGCGAAAAGAUGGCAUCACUCACUGAACCCGGAUCUGGAUCACAGCAAGUGGACACAAGAAGAGGAGCGAACACUGCUACAUGCUGUCGAAAAACACGGACGCGCGUGGAAGGAAAUCAAGACAAACUACUUCCCGGGAAGAGCAACCAACAACGUGAAGAACCGGUAUGUGACAUUGACCCGAAGACGAGGAUCUCGAGCGGGAUCAGACACCAUCCAGACAUCCCAACGAGCCGGAGAUGGCGAAAGCUCGGACGAUGAAAGCGAGAACUCGUCGGAUGAGCCUGGCGACACGAUCGCGGUUCAGCUACCCCAGGCGGAGGCGAACUCGUCGGUAGCACCCCACGACAUCAUGAAUACCACUGCAACCACUCCCUUCGAUAUUGACAUGUUCGCAACAACCGAUGCGCCCAGCGUGCAGCCGUUUGGUGCCAUAGACGUGCCCAUGACAUCAGGAGAUGCAUUCAUGUCCAUGACAGCCAUGGAUUUCGAUAUUCCAAUGGAUAUCCCCGGACUGGAUGAUUCCUCAGAUCUGACAACCACAAGCAGUUCUGCGAUUCACAAUGGCGAUUUGCCUGAUCCAUCCUCGGUAUUUCAAUUUGAUCCAGAGCGCGAUCCACAGGGCCUUCGCCUCGAUAUGACCUUUGAUCCGCAGCCGUCACACCAAUUCGUUUUGUCUAUCGAGAACCCGUCAAUGGAGACGGUCACAGGCGUCAUGGGAGUGCUCGUGCAUUCGAAGACAAAGUUCCGCAUUGAGAUGAAGUAG